UGCAAAGAGAGCGGUGUCCCUGGCCCGAAUUUCGUGAUUGUCUCCGAUCGUCGAGGAGGUCGCACGGCCUGGUCCAGCUCGGUCACCGUCAAAGGCAUGUUAUUCAAGGCUCGGUUUUGGUACGAUGGCAAGAACCUCGACAAUGCCCGGGAAGACGCCGCCGAAUUGGCCGUGAACUACUUCCAGGGGGGGAAUCAAAUUUCCAGGCCGGGAGGGUACCCUCGGGGGCCCGGUCGUUAG